AUGUAUGUCUGCAAGUCGUGCGCCCCCCUAACAACGCUUUGGCCUUCACAUGGUGUUGUCGGUGUCACGUGGCAUGCUGUUGUGGGUGGGAGCAGGAGCUGGGUGAAGGAACAGAAGGCGAAAGACUCGACUUGGGUGGAGCCGUGGGUCGAGAAAGAACGGGAAGCCAAGAGGGCGGCGGGCAAAGCCCCAUCGGACGAGCCCCCUCCCGGGAAGGACAGCGUGGCAGGGAUCGCCGUGGAGCAACGGUGCGAAGUGCAGCCGGGGGGCAGGAGAGGGGUGGUGGAGUACGUGGGAGAGGUGGAAGGCUUGCAGGUUGGUCGUUGUUUGUUAUUUCGUUUUCUCAUUUGAAGCCCGUGCGGCAAUGACAGACAUCAUCCACCAAGCCCACGAGGUCUACAAGGAGCACACUAACGGAAUGCCUCGAAAAUUGAAUUAUACGGAGCAUCAUUUACCAACUGCUAGCUGCUCUAUGAGUUCGAGGUUUGCCUUCAUCAGGUAAACCAUGUUCAGGGCGUAGAUAGUGCCUCCGUUAGGGGCUGGGGCAUCGGCAGAGUGAGCACGGUGGCGUGAACCGUGCUCGGGUUUUGU